AUGAAGACAGUUUGGAAGUCCAGUGAUGAUGCUGUGUUGAUAGCAACACUUCUGAAGGAACGGGAGGAGGGUCAUCAAUCUGACUCAGGAUUCAAACUGAAGUCAUUUGUUGCUUGCACGGAAGCACUCAAAGGGAGUGAGAAGACAAGUGGAGGUGUUGCAAAGACAUCUGGCUCAUGUCAUGAUCGUUGGGGAAAGGCAUGUCUUCUCAAAAAAGACUUCGCUGUUAUUAAAAAACUCCAAUCUGGAUUUGGCUGGGACAACACUUUGAAGAUUGUAACUGCCCCACCAGACGUCUGGGAGAAAUAUCUCGCGACACACACAAAAGCAAAAGUCUGGAGGAAGAAAUCUUUUCCGCUCUACGACAGCAUCCAGAUUCUCAUUGAGGGGAUUAUUGCAACUGGCGAAAAUGUCUUUCAUGUGGGCAUGACUACCACGACCGAAAUUGUUGACACCACCCUCCCAUUCAACUAUCCUGCUGAUUCAGGUGAAGAACAUGAAUUGUUGGAUGACAAAAAUGAUGAGGAUGUCAAUGACUCACAGACACCCAUCAAACCCAACAAUCGGAAAUGUUCGGCUGAAAUGACACCAUUUUGUAGUAGCUGCAAGUGCCAGUCAACCAGCUGUGCCAUCCAUCGUUCUUUGAGUGGUCAUGGCUCAGGUACUGAUGCCAUGUUUUUGGUUGCCGGAGCUAUUGAGACACUCGCUGAUAAAUUUGACGUGUCUGGUGGGCUCACUUCUCCAGAACGUCAUAGUGCUGCCAUCCACUGUCUCAAAGAUGAUACUGAGUUGUCCAAAACUGAGCAGGUGGCAGCUGUUCAGUUGUUCUCUCAUCAGACUGCAAUUGCAGAUUCAUACCUUGCAAUCAAGAAAAAGUCAACUCGCACUUGUUACAUUCAGUCAGAGUUAGCUGAAUUUAGUCUAGGAUAG